UCCUUCUCUCUUGUGCUCCAUCAUGUCUAUCUUCCUUGCUUGAAAUUUGAAAAACUAUGCUGCCUGCUGCCUCCAAGCCACUGCAUACAGCUGCAAACAACUCCAAGCCAACCCAUUAAACAAAUCUUUAAUCUCUUCAUGUAUGAUCUCUUUCAAGCCCUCACUUCCUUCCAUUCCGCUUCAAGACAAAAGCACUUCAGCUAACCCUGUAAGUAUUUCAAGAAGAUGAAUAUCCUAUAGAGUCAUCCACACCAACAUUUGGAGGGUUUGCUCUCACUUUUGGGAUAUCAAUGGGUGUACUUUCAGCAAUAGCAAUUGCUAUUCUUGCUUAUUAUUUUUGCACCAGGAAACCAUUACCUGCAGGCCAUUCUAAUCAUGAUGGUUCCUUGUCCAUAGAUGAUCAAGACUCGGUCAUUAUAGAAAUAGGCCUGGAUGAAGCCACUCUCAAUACCUAUCCAAAGCUGCUUUAUUCUGAAGCAAAGGAAAAGCUUGAAAAGGGUGAUGAUUCGGUAGCUGCUUUCUGUUGCUCGAUUUGCUUGGCAGACUAUAAAGAUAGUGACUUGCUGCGGCUGUUGCCUGACUGUGAUCAUCUUUUCCAUGCACAGUGCAUUGAUCCAUGGUUGAAGUUGCAUACUACUUGCCCAAUGUGUCGAAACUCACCUGUACGAAUCCCAAGCAAUGUCACCGAAACAGCUUCCAGGGAACCCCGGAGGGUGUUCUUUGAUCCAUGGUUUGUACAGUUUAUGCACUGAAAGUACUUUGUACUCAAAUUUGUGAUGAUUGUAGAGCUUUUGUUAGCAUCCUUGUAAUUUCACGAAGUUUUGUAGCUAAUUACAGCUCUAUAUUUUAACUGAGAUGAUUUAUAUCUUAAUGUUGUAGAAAACAAAAGCCAUUGUCAACCAGUUACUGCUCUUUGUUCAGUUGAGAUUAGACAAUCACACGAUUGAAAUUUGUGAUUCUGACUAUCUGACAUGCUGUCCUGAAUAUUAUACAUUUAAUUUCCAACCAAUUACUGCCCUUUUU